AACCGUUUCCUUUCGACGCUCCUCAAGUCAUCGCCUGUUUUGAAAACCCCGCUCGCGUCCGCACUGUCAACUCGCUUCCGUCGCCGCUCCGGCGAGCGAUCCCGCUCGUUUGUCCCGCCCCUCCCUCCCUUUUCGAUUUUCCUCCGUCCCUCCACCAGAUCCACAAACUGCCUCUUCUCGCUUGGCGCCGGUCGACAUGAGCACCGCCACGAUGCUGAGCGGCGGCCGCGAGCUGUCCCAGCCGCCUUCCGAUGGAAUCUCUAACCUCCGCUUCUCCAGCCACAGCGACCUCCUCCUCGUGUCUUCCUGGGACAGGACUAUUCGUCUUUAUGACGUCGGUGAGAACACUCUCAAGGCGGAGUUCGUGCAUGCGGGUCCCGUCCUUGAUUGCUGCUUCCAUGAUGAUUCAUCGGGGUUCAGUGCCGGUGCUGAUCAUUCAGUGAGAAGGCAUAUCUUUGGUUCUGGCAAGGAGGAUAUUUUGGGACAUCAUGAUGCUCCUGUUCGAUGUGUGGAAUACUCUUAUGCUGCAGGCCAAGUUAUUACUGGAAGUUGGGACAAGACAUUGAAAUGCUGGGAUCCCAGAGGUGCUAACAGCUCAGAUCGUGCACUUAUUGGAACAUAUGUGCAACCAGAGCGAGUGUAUUCUCUCUCUCUCGUUGGUUACCGUUUAGUAGUUGCUACUGCUGGAAGGCAUGUGAAUGUCUAUGAUUUGCGCAAUAUGUCCCAACCAGAACAACGACGGGAAUCAUCAUUGAAAUAUCAAACUAGAUGUGUUCGAUGUUAUCCCAAUGGCACAGGAUUCACUCUCAGCUCUAUUGAAGGUCGAGUAGCUAUGGAGUUCUUUGAUUUAUCUGAAGCUGCACAAGCUAAGAAGUACGCAUUCAAGUGCCACAGGAAAUCUGAAGCUGGAAGGGAUACUGUUUAUCCUGUUAACGCAAUGGCAUUCCAUCCGAUAUAUGGGACGUUUGCUACUGGUGGGUGCGACGGUUAUGUUAAUGUGUGGGAUGGCAAUAAUAAGAAAAGACUAUAUCAGUAUUCAAAAUACCCUACUAGCAUUGCUGCAUUAUCCUUCAACCGGGACGGCCGGCUGCUUGCUGUAGCAUCGAGCUACACAUUCGAGGAGGGAGAGAUACCACACGAGCCUGAUGCCAUCUUCGUUCGAAACGUAAAUGAAGUCGAAGUCAAGCCGAAACCUAAGGCUUUGCCGGGGCCGCCACCUUAACCUGGAAACUUCAAUUCUUUUUAAUAAGCCAUGAAGAUCUAUACCUGUACCAGGGAAUUUCUGCUUCCACUUGUAGGAUUUGCUAGCUAUUGAGAAUAUCCAGUAAAGUUAAAAGAGACCAAAGUCGUGCAAUUUAUUAUUUAUAUUAUUGUUAUAAUUAUCUUUAUUGCAAUAGUUUUGGAAACCAUUUUUCUCAGUUUGUAUC